UUACAUUCGGUCCCGUUAGCCGGUACUUUAGUGACAGCCGGUUUUGACAAGAGCCACGUUGGAAGUGUUGAAUGGUCCAAACCCGACUGAUUAUACAAAUUUCCUGAGAACCAAAUGAGUUAAUUUUAUAAUUAUCUAGUGCAUUUAAGCCAAUUGUAGUCAAAAUGAAGGUAAAAGACUUGGAGCGGACCGCCAACAUAGCCUGGUCACCAUCGAAUGAGCAUCCCAUUUUUCUGGCGGCGGGAACGGCCGGACAACAGCUGGAUGCAUCGUUUAAUACCAAUGCUGUGAUCGAGAUUUACUCGCUGAACCUCUCGGAGCCGGGCCUUGAUAUGGAACCGAAAGUGUCUGUACCCGCGGAGCAUCGCUUUCAUAAGCUAAUAUGGGGAUCGUAUGAUAAGUCGAGUGAGCACGGGACAAUUGUGGGUGGCUGUGAUCGCGGUCUUAUUGAGAUUUACAACGUCUCCAAGUUGCUAAACAAGGAAAGGGGGCUUGUGGCCUGUCCUUCCAAACACACUGGUCCGGUUAGCGCUUUGGAUUUUAAUCCUUUCCAAUCGAAUUUGUUGGCAUCGGGUGCGGGCGAAAGCGAAAUAUACAUUUGGGAUCUAAACAACACUACCACACCGAUGACGCCGGGAGUCAAAUCGCAACCGUUCGAGGACGUGCAGUGUGUGGCGUGGAAUCGGCAAGUCCAACACAUUUUGGCCUCGACCUUCCCAUCGAAAUGUGUGGUAUGGGAUUUGAGGAAGAAUGAACCGAUUAUUAAAUUGACCGAUACGGUUUCAAGGAUUCGUUGGAAGGUGAUCGCGUGGCAUCCGGAAGUGGCAACUCAACUGUGCUUGGCUUCAGAGGAGGACCAAGCGCCAGUCAUCCAACUUUGGGAUCUUCGAUUCGCGACUUCGCCCUUAAAAACGCUCGAAAAUCAUCAGCGCGGUAUCCUCUCGAUCGCCUGGUGCCAGCAGGACGUGAAUCUGUUGGUGAGUUGCGGCAAAGACAACCGUAUCCUAUGCUGGAAUCCGAACUCGAACACUCCCGGCGGCGAAGUAUUAUCCGAAGUCGCCAAGACCAACCAGUGGAACUUCGACGUGACCUGGUGCCCGAAGAAUCCCGCGCUGAUCGCGUGCCCGAGCUUCGACGGUCACGUUUCGGUCUACUCGGUGAUGGGCGGCAAAAUUCAGCAGGUGCAAACGACGAAUAAGAUCGCGGAUAGUUUUCCCGGAAUGGACGGGUACGCGCAGGCGCCGGAACCGCAGCAGAGCACACCGGCGAGCGUCGAUCUUAGUAAACCGCCCAAGUGGUUAAAGCGACCGAUUGGGGCAAGAUUUGGGUUCGGAGGGAAACUAAUCACGUUCGAAAACGAGGGUCAACCCACACAGAACCAAAGCCCGGUUGCACGAACAGUAUUUGUAAGUCAAGUCAUUACGGAAUCGGAACUAGUCGAGCAAUCAGCUCAGCUCGAACAGGCCUUGGAGUACGGAAAUUUCACCGAGUACUGUCGGAAUAAAGCCGAUUCGCUGAGCGACCAACACAAACGCAACAUCUGGUACUUCCUCAAAGCAAACUUUGAAGCCGAUCCACGUGGAGAACUUCUGAAUCUGUUAGGCUAUAAGAAGGACGAAAUUAACAACAAGCUGAACGAAAUCGUCGGCGUGCAGGCCAAUGUGGACGGACUGACGGAUCAGUUUAGCAAUUUAAAUCAGUGCGAUUAUUCCGACGGGGAGAAUAACUUCUCUUCGAAGGGAAGCCCCGAUUAUUCGCCUGGAAGUUACGAAAAUUCGUUCGGAUUAGAUCAGUUCGGUAGUCAAGAGGCCCGAGAAAAAGUACCUUACCGGAUUAAGACGGGGGACGAUGUGGAGGGUUUGAUAACGCAGGCGCUUCUUUUGGGGAAUUUGGAGGCGGCCGUCGAGUUGUGUUUAAAGGCGCAACGUUUUGCUGAUGCGAUUAUUAUAGCUAUGUCCGGUGGUUCCGAAUUACUGGCAAGAACUCAAUAUAAAUAUUUACAACAGAGCGAAGGGUACGUGUCUUCGCUUAUCUCCGCUUUAGUAUUAGAAGACUGGAGUUCUGUCAUAAACAAUUGUGAUAUUAGUAGUUGGAAGGAGGCUUUAGCAGCAACUUUAACUCAUUCGUCGAGUGACGAUUUACCAAAGUUAUGUGAAUUAUUAGGUAAUCGCCUUGAAGCCGAGGGAAAAGCUCAAGACGCACAAUUAUGUUAUAUUUGCGCUGGUAAUUUCGAAAAACUGGUCAAUUCGUGGAGUAAAACGAUUAAGAAGUCUUCGAGUGAACUUCAGGAGCUCGUGGAGUUGGUGACCUUCCUCCAAAAGUCGAUCGAACGACAAGGCAGAAGGGUGGAAAUCACUGGCAGUUUGGCGGACCUCCUCGCGUACUACGCCUCAAUCUUAGCAUCCCAGGGCAAUCUUACAGUAGCUCUAUCAUAUCUGGGAAGUUCGCAGGAUCAGAAAAUCGCGGAUUUGAGAGACAGACUGAGUGUCAGUUUGGGUUAUAAGUCUGCAUAUCCGCAAGUUGCGCAACGAAGCAGGCACAGCUCGAGACAGUCAUUUUCUAACUACCUAAAUCCUGUCACUCCUCCCGUUCCAAGUUAUAAUUUUAAUACGGCCUUACCUACCCAACCUUGGCAGACUCAAAACCAAGCACCGCUCCCCGCGCAACCUUUCUCCCCUCCACCUGUCUCACAACCCCCGCGGCCCACAAGCGUCGGCUCAGCUCACGGCGGCAUAUCAUCCAGGGCAAAGUAUGUGGUGGACCCAUCCGUCCAUUCUAACAACCCGUACGGCGCGAGAAAUCAGUUCAACACCAACCCCUACUCGGCACCGAACCCCGCUCCCGUCGCAAAUACUCAGCAACUAAUCCCCAACCUACCGCCGAUGCCGCAGAGUCCGGCCAAUUUCCACAACCCCCCUCCGCCGAAUCCGGCCGCUUUCCACAAUCAACCGCCCGAACCCGCACUGGCCGCGUUCGCGCCGCCGCCGCCCCAAUCCGGCUGGAACGACCCGCCCGCCCUGCGGCGAUCCACGCCGCGUCUACCGCCCGAAGGUUACAAUAUGUCAGCCGUACACGCCGGCACGCGACGGUGGAAAAAUAAGUCGAACAAAGUCGAGGCGAAGCAGUCUGAUUACGUGCAACAGGAUCCCAUAACUCACCCACUUUAUGGCGUCGCACCAUCACAAACCCUACCAUCGAGCAAUGGCUUUGUGGAACCCAUUCAAAGUCAACCGUUUGUACCGAACGCGCAACCGUUCGCACCGAACGCGCAGCCUUUCGCACCAAACGCAUUAUAUAAUCCAAAUUUCGAACCGCCACCGAUGCAGCCACCUUUAGUGCCGACCGGAUUUAUGCCGCCGUCCCCAAAUCCCGACGUUUACCACCAGAACGCGAUUCCUAACGUUCAACCUCCCGUCGUCCCAGCGGCCGCCGUCGAGGCUCCGGCGCCUAUCAUACAAAAGGCCCCACUAUCGGGCGAGCAGAAGUUAAUGCAGAUUGUUUUUGACGACCUGCGCGGUAGGUGCUCAGCAAACGCCAACAACCCCCAAACCAAGCGGAAAUUGGAGGACGUCGGUAAAAAAUUGGAAUUCCUCUACGACCUCCUACGAGAAGACAAGCUAUCCCCGAACACGUUAAGCGGCCUCCACCAGUUAGUGCAACUAGUGCAAUCGGGCGACUAUUCGAACUCACUCAGUUUGCAUACACAGCUAGUGUCCGGACCGGAUUUCGCACAAAUCGCCAGUUUUAUGCCCGGAUUGAAAGUUUUAAUUCAGUGCGCUUUGCAGUUGCAAGUUUAUUUGAGAUAAAAAAAGGUUUUCAUUCAUCUUCCAGGACAAUUGAUUGAAAAGUAUAUUUUUUGAAAUAGGCUUAUAACAUGGUGCUUUUUUAGCGGAUGAGUUGUUUUAGGAGAAAGGUUAUAAUUGUAGCAGUUAAGUACGAAAAUGUAAAGGGGCCAUAGGACAUUUUUUUCUAAUUAAACCAUCUAUCUCGACUAAUUUUCUGUCUGUCAAUCGACCCACAUUUACUUGCCAUGUAGAAUGAGCUGUAAUACUAAUUAGUAAUUAUCAUACAUUAAUUGGACACUAGGGUUUGUCAAAUAUAAUGCAAAAUUUGUCUGUGGCUCUUCUACACUUUCGCAGUUUUAAGCAUUUGUAAUAUAUUAAUAAUUGAUGAGCUGUUAAAAGUAUUCGUAUUUGUUUAAUAUCUACAGAAAUAUUGUCAUUUUAAACUGCAAAUAAACUAUUGUAUACAUUGUAA